AUGCUUCUAUUUGUAACAGGCUGGACGACAGCUGGCGUUUCUCUUUUGAUCUUAACUGCAAUUUCCCUGGACCGUCUUCUUGCGUUAUCUCUCCAUCUGCAAUACAACACGACUGUCACAGUUCCUCGCGUAUUCCAAACCACCUUUAUUUUCUGGAGCUUUUGCUUUUUUAUUAAUGUUACAAGGUUUUCGAUGACAACCAAGUGGUAUUUCAUCCCAUUGGCUGUUUUCCCUCUUUCUUUUCUCGUCAUAACCGUCUGUACCUUAAAUAUAUUUAAAAUUGUUCGAAGGCACCAACGCGAGAUAAACAGUCAAACUUUAGCUGUCAUCCGCCUUCAAAUCAACACAGUGAACAUACUCAAAUGCAGAAAAUCUGCUGUGACAGUACUUUAUAUUUACGCUUUGUUUUUAAUUGUCUACCUUCCCUUUAUUGCAUUGACGAUUAUGGAAUUGCUGAUCGGAAUGACCAGAACAUUAGCAACUGCUUCAAUCUAUGCUGCUACUGUCGUUUUUAUAAACUCUUUUGUUAAUCCGUUUGUGUAUUGCUGGAGAAGUAGAGAAAUACGAAGAGCUGUAAAAAAUAUCCUGAAAAGACAGAUGGCACAAAAUUGA